GCCGCCAACCCGAAUCCGAAACUGACUCUGUUUUUGUCAUUAUUGGUAGCAAACAGGGAAUAGCGCCAUGCCACCCAUGCAAGAAGAGAUUGUCGGCCCACUGUGCCUUUCCACCCCGCCUCGCAUUCGCUUUACAACAACGACACCAUCGAGUGGCUGCAUCGAGGGUGACCCAGCCAGAUCGCCGGAGAGCGACCUCAAGUGCCACCUAACUGGUCAGUGAAACCUCAAUGCCGCGACUAGGCCACAAGAAGAGUCGGCUGGGUUGCCGGCAGUGCAAGGCACGCCACGUGAAGUGCGAUGAGCUCAAGCCGUGUACUAAUUGUGCAAGACACGGUGUACAAUGUAGCCUUAUAACAGAUCCACCGCCUUCCACUCCAUCCGCAAGUAGUAGUGUUGCUCCAAAACGUGAGUGUGAGAGCAAAUCCUCAAAUGAGCGCUCCAAAACUGGUUCGUCGACAUCGUCACCCUCUCUGCUCAUCGACUAUGUUCUGAAUUCCUCAGCUAUGUCGCCUGGGGAUGCAGCUUCAGAGGGUAGUUCUCCAAGCUCGCAACCAGAUCAGUUCCCGUUCCUGAGGCCAUUCAUACAUAAGCCUGCAACGAACCAGUCAGAUCUUUGGGUCCGGGAUGUAGAGUUGAUGCAUCACUGGACCAUCGAAGCCUAUGACGAGUUAUCACAAAGAGAAGAUAUGCGACAUACUUGGAGAGUCGAUGCUCCGAAGAUUGCAGUCACUCAUACGUUCUUGAUGCACGAGAUCCUUGCGUUCGCAGCAUUUCACAAAGCAUCACAGAUUCCUGAUAAGCGUCAGGAGUAUUACACAUUGGGCAUCCAUCAUCAAGAUCUUGCCAUCAAAGGAAUGCGACCGAAGCUUCAAACUAUCAUCCCAGACGAAGCACCGGCCAUCGUUGCCACUUCGACACUUCUCACACUGGGUGUCUUUGCCUCAACAGGGUUCGAGGCCAGCUGUGCUGAUAUACCCUCAUCACCAUCCAUUAUUGAUGAUAUCUUGAACAUUUUCUCGCUCAUGCAAGGCAUGGGGAACGUACUGGCACUUGCACAUGCGCAUGUGCUCAAGUCGUUUCUUGCUCCUAUGUUUCGAGAUCCACUGGAAUCUACACCGUCGCAACCAUUACUCCAGGAACUGAUACAGCAUGUACCAAGCCUCAUCUUGUUCAUCGAAUCCGAGCCCAACCUAUCCGAGUCAGAACGUGCGGGGUUCCUGGGUGCCAUCGCUCACUUCGAGCCUGUGCUCAAGCUAGCAAGCCCUCCGCGAGUCGACAACCGAGAGCUGCGAUUUCUGUUCUUCUGGCCACUGCACCUCGACGGCAACUUCCUCGCCAGUGUUCGGCAAAGGCAUUCGGGAGCACUUGUAAUACUGAUGUACUACGCUACCAUGCUAUUCGCUGCGGAGCCACGUUACUGGUUCAUGGAUGGGUGGGGCUAUCGAUUGAUGAAGGCUUGUUACGAUGGUGUCGAUAAGAGCUGGCUGCCAGUGUUGCAGUGGCCAUUGUCUUUCUUGGAGACAGAUCCCACUUACAGCCUUUUCACCAACAUCAAUCGACUUCCUGGAGGUCUCGGACAGCCACAAGGGCCGCUUGUUCUGCCAUACGCACAGCAACCGCCGCAGACAGUUUCUUUCCGUCAGUAUUCUGAACCUUCUUCGCGAUCACCUCAACACAAAAGCGUAUCGACACUGGACCGUAAUGGACCAUAUCCACAGCUUACAGGUCAAAUGCCUCCCUCAUAUGCGCCUCAGAUAACGAACGCAUCACAUCUGCCUCCGAUGUCUGAUACAGUGCGGAAUCAGAACCAAUAUAGCGAUUAUAGCAAGCAUGCAUCCAGCAAACCAACAAAUCAUACGCAUGGGCAAGGUGCAGGCACGGCAGAACAUUCGCAGAAACGCGAAGGCUCAUAA